AUGGAGAUAGAAACAGUUGGAUCAUAUUCAGCAGUGAUGGAAAGUUUCCUCCGCCUGUGUGGUGGUUACGCCGUCAUUGACGGUGGCCUUGCGACGGAGCUCGAGAGGCAUGGUGCUAACCUCAAUGACCCUCUAUGGAGCGCCAAGUACCUCAUUAGCUCCCCCCACCUAAUUAGAAGGGUUCACCUCGACUACCUUGAAGCGGGUGCAAAUAUCAUUAUAUCUUCAUCAUAUCAGGCUACGCUUCAGGGGUUUGAAUCUAAGGGAUUUUCCAGAGAAGAAGGAGAAAAUUUACUCAGAACAAGUGUUGAAAUAGCACGUGAAGCACGAGAUAUAUAUUAUGACAGAGCUGCCAAAGGUUCCUGGAAUAUUAUAGGAGACAAAGAUGGAAUAAUCCCAAGACAACGUCCAGUUCUGGUUGCUGCAUCUGUGGGGAGCUAUGGAGCUUAUUUGGCUGAUGGUUCUGAAUAUAGUGGAGUUUAUGGAAAAAAUGUCAGUUUGGAGACCCUUAAAGAUUUUCACCGGAGAAGGGUCCAAGUAUUAGCUGAAUCUGGUCCUGAUUUGAUUGCAUUUGAGACUAUUCCGAAUAAACUGGAAGCUAAGGCAUAUGCUGAGCUUCUUGAGGAAGAGGCCAUUAACAUUCCAGCUUGGUUUUCAUUUAAUUCCAAGGAUGGAACCAAUGUCGUCAGUGGGGAUCCCAUUGCAGAUUGUGCCUUAAUAGCUCAUUCGUGUGAUCAAGUCAUUGGAGUUGGAAUCAAUUGUACCCCACCACGAUACAUUCAAGGACUUAUCCAGUCAAUUGGAAGGGUAACUACUAAGCCAAUUCUCAUAUAUCCAAACAGUGGUGAGACUUACGAUGCUGAUAGAAAGGAGUGGCUGCCAUCGAGUGGAGUUUCAGAUGUAGAUUUUGUGUCGUACGUGGGCAAAUGGUGUGAAGCUGGGGCUUCUCUUGUUGGAGGUUGCUGCAGGACCACCCCGAAUACAAUCAGAGCUAUUUCCAAGGCUCUCUCGUCCCGGACCAAUGGGGGUUUCCCAUAA